AUGGCCCACAUUUGUAGGCCUUUACAGUUUCCCCCUCACAUUCUUGGGCUAUAUAAGGACUGCAGUGUCUGGCGGAAAGUAUUCACGAUCAGAUUCCAGCUUGAUAACAUAGCAGUCAAAAUGGAGAAGAUCGUUGAGAACCCUGAUAAAUUUGAGGUUGUCGAGAGACCGAGUCAGGCUCUCUAUAAACAGCCAACGAAGACAGUCGCCGACAUAGAAGGAUAUCAGCUUCACAAAUUAAACCAGAAGGCGAACCGGAGUCAGAACCAAGACCACAAGGGAGAGCCCCUCGAAACCAAUGCUCAGACGAUGUCGCGCGGCUUGCCUCCUCCGCCAUCUCCCCCAAGACAAUCGCAAGGUGUUCCCCCAGAACUGCGCAGUCUCACGGCAGAAGUGAUCCUCAUUCUCGUGUGCUCUGCUGGCCUCAUAUUCUUCUCAUUGCUCCUGGGUGGCGUGACGGUCCCGCAGGGACAACUCAAAGAAGCACUAGGGAUUAGCAACAGCGAGAUACCAUGGCUAGUUGGCGCUUUUAAUGUAGCCAAUGGACUUUCCGUUAUCGUCUCGGGGUCGUUGAUGGAUCUUACUCCUCCCAAGAGUCUCAUGGUGGGUGCCUUUGCAUGGCUGACGAUCUGGAAUGUCAUUGGGGUCUUUUCGAUCCGGCCAAAGACAAUGGUUCUGUUUUUCAUCGUGCGUGCCAUGCAGGGUCUUGCCGUUGGUGUUUUGGUUUCUGGGUCGAUGAGUAUCCUUGGAAGGGUGUAUAAGCCUGGGCUGCGCAAGAAUCGUGUGUUUUCUGCCAUGGCAGCCACGGCACCUUUGGGUUUUUGGUUGGGGGCUAUCCAGGGUGGUGCUCUGCAGGCACACCUGAAGUGGAUUUUCGCUUCGAAUGCCAUGUUAUCUGCACUUUGUUGUGUGGCUGCGGUCUUCACUAUCCCUCCAUUGCGGCCCGUGGCGGAUAUGGUAGGGGAAGAGGCCCCGACAAUCUGGCAGUUUGACCUGUUGGGCGCAGUGGUUGCGAUUCCAGGAUGUAUCUGUCUUCUCUUUGGUCUCACCCAGGGAUCAGUCACGAAAUGGUCCCCGUACACAUAUGCCCUGGUGAUCGUGGGCAUUUGCCUUCUAGUCCUAUUUUUCUUCGUUAUUGAGCGCCGCGCUACUCGUCCGCUUAUCCCUCACUGUCUAUGGCGCAUUCGAGGGUUCACACCACUCAUGCUGGCGUAUUUCCUUGGUUUUGGCUCCUAUGUCGGUGCAUGGCAGUUCUACGCUGUGCAGUUCUGGCUGCACAUCCAACGCACCACACCGCUCAUCACAGCCCUCUAUCUACUCCCCAAUGCCAUCAUGGGUGUCCUCGCCACUUGGGUGGUAAGCAAGACGCUGCACCGCAUCCCCGGGCACUAUAUCUACGCAGCGUCCAUGCUAGCCUUUGCCCUCGGCCCGAUAUUCUUUCUCCCGCAGAAGUCAGAGACGACGUACUGGGCGCUGUCAUUCCCGGGUGUACUAUUGGUGACUUUCGGCCCGGAUUCUGCAUUUGCAGCUGCAUCGAUCUUCAUCACUAGUAAUGUGCUGCGGUCAUAUCAGGGUAGCGCGGGUAGCUUGCUAGUUACAGUCCAGAACCUGUCGUCUGCUAUCAUGACCAGUGUGGCGGAUGCGGUGGGGACGAGUGUUAAUAUGGAGACGUCUGGGGAGAUUGGGCUCAAGGGGCUGCGUGCUAUUUGGUGGUUUGGUCUUGCGGCGGAGAUUGUGGGUGGGUUGAUUACUAUUGCGUUUGUGAGGAUUCCAAGAGAGGAGGAGAAGGAGCAUGUUACCUAG